AUGUUGUGGAAGCUGUCCCUGCUUGUAGGACUGAUUGUGCUAGGCACUCAUAUGUGGACCACUGACAAAGAAUUUGUAGACGUUACUAAGGAUCUAGAUUAUUUUGUGGCAUCAGUGGAGUUUGCUGUGGCUCAGUUCAAUGACAAUAACCCAGAAGAGAACAUAUACAGGUUGCUGGAAGUUGGGAGAGCCCAGAAAAAGACAUGGACAAUGAUAUUUUUAAUGGAUUUGGAGAUGGGCCGCACAAUUUGUAAGAAACAUGAUGAAAACAUCCAUAAUUGCCCAUUGCUACAUGGCUCAGGAGAGAAAAAGGUGCACUGUGUUUUCCAAGUGGAUGCCCGACCUUGGUUUUCUCGAUUCUCCAUCCUGAAUAGCACCUGUGUGCCAACAUAA